UUCCUUUUUUCUCUAUUUCCAACGUUGUUCAGCGGCGUUAGGAUAACUGUCCAUUACCCGUUCUUAUCAGGCACAUCUCUGCUUCCUCCUUUGGGCCAGAAACGCAAGCAUGCAUCUGUACGAGAAUGGUGAGCGAUCGGUGUACGCGUGGAAUGCUGUGGAUGUGGAGAUUGACGGCUCCCUGCAGCAUGGCAAUGUCGUCGGCCUGGAAGAAAAGCCAGAGAACGGCCACACUCCGCCGCGCCUGAUCGUCGAUUUCGGAUGCCCGACGCAGCAGGCGGCGGUGGUGGAAUACGGGAAGAUCUGGGACUGCUCCACCUAUCGAUUCAGCGAGGCACCCCGGGGAUCUGCCGUGGAGGUGCUGCUGCACGACGGCUCGCAGCGACCCUGGAAAUGGUACCCCGGGAAGAUGCUGAUUCGCAUGUUAGGUCAGCUCAAUUAUGUGGCGCUGGUGGAGGCGAUGAUGGACGGGCAGUGUCGACGCGAACUGCUUCCCCACCGACAGAUUCGCCUUCCCUCAAGGGAACCACAUGGGCGAGGAUCCAUUGCUGCGGGCGAUUUCGUCAAGCAGACGUACCAAGGUACUGGGAUCAGUGACUACUGGGCGCAGGAGGGGACGGCCUCGCCGUGGCUGCUCCGCCAAGUGGAGCAGGAGCUGCAGCUGCAUGUGCUCAAGGUUCUUGGCAACGAAAUGCACUUUCUGCGGCGACGUCAGGAUUUCCCUUGGGCCGAAGCAGAUAUCUUGAGGGCCUUCGAAAGAAAAGCAAAGCAUUCAGGAAUUCAGUGUGAAUUGCUUAACGAAAACGAAAAGCUGCAGCAGAAAGAGCAGCUGGAUGUCGGGGAACACGGCUUGUGGUUGCCAUUCGAGGUGCUGAAGGAGAUCUUCCGCUCGCUGGACACCGUGGAUCGACAGCGCUGCCGUCGCACCUGUCAACUGUGGGAAACCCUUCUCACGUCCGCGGAACUGUGCACGGAGGUGCGGGUAUCGCGGCAGCGUCCUUCUCAACGCAUCCAGUGGGAUGGUGAUUACCUCGUGUACGCCUGCUUCUUCAAGCACAUCGCGCCAAACACCCGGACCAUCAGCCUGUGCAAUGUCCCAGGAACGGAGGACGCCAAGGGGGACAUGGGUGGGCUUGAUGCAGCAAUCGAGCAACUGGUUAGGGAGGUCUCCAACGACAUGGGCGUCCGCAUGGAGCAUUCCAUGCUGCACCAGCCGCAGCGCACGAUCGUCAUCCGGCACUCGGGAAUGGAGCGAUGGAAUCUCACUGCGCUGGCGGCCGUGAUCGCGGCGCUCCUGGCACGCCGGGCGUCGUGCUGGGAUCGGAUGGUUCUGAAGGGAUAGGCCCCCGAUCAGUCCUAAUCACUGUUUGACUAGAUUCACAAGCUUACAGAAACAGUCUUUGUUUUGCUUAUGUACACGUUUGUUCUGGU